ACAUCAUUCCGGUUUCGAAGAUAAACUCGUCGAUCCAAUCCCCACUCUCAGACCCAGAGGUCUCAGAUUAAAGAGGCUCUUUUUUCGAUAUUGAAAGAUCGUCAAUCACAUUUGACAAACCGCACUACUGUCAUUUCACCACGUCUAAAAUCCGAAAACGGUACUGGUAAUUUCCUUUAUCACGCACCGCUAUUUUAAAGAUGGGCACGGCGUCUGAAGAUCAGAUAACAAGCCGAAGAAGAAACUUCAUCCCACCUUUUGACUGAGACUAGAUUCGCUAGAGCUUUAUUUUCAAUAUCAUGCAGAACUACUCAUAUUGUCCGAUAUCUUGCCGUCUUUUGAUUCGAUCCCAUGGGCGACGCCUCUUGGCUGGACGUUACUCGUGCGCACCCCCUUUAGCCACAGAUGCCACGAGCAAAUAUGGAAUUCUCAGGGUACUUCUACCGUGCGCAACCCCUUUAGCCACAUAUGCCAUGAGCAAACAUGGAAGCCUCACGGUACUUUCUACCGUGCGGUGAACCGAGGGUUCCUGAAUUUAGGGUGGAUCCAAUGCCGGGACUAACAACAUCAAGCUUUGAUCUACCGAGCCUUUGAAAUUGACUAGGCCGAGCUAGGCCAUAGUCAGGUGGCAGAAUUCAAAAGCGUCAUGACAUUUUGAUGAUCAUGAUAAUCAUGAUAAUGCAAUCAAACUGAGAAUUGCCACUACGCUAGGUCAAGUGGGACCUUACCAACAUGACACUGCUCUAAAGCAAACGUGGAAGAAUGUCUUAUGAUGAUACGGCACGGCAUUCACAAAGUUCACAGACAGCUGAAAAGUGAUGGCAACGCCAACGCAAAAUAUUGAUGGGGCAGAGGGUACGAAAAGGUAAAAAAAAAUUGUAAGAGACCCAGUGGAUCUUCAAUAGAAUUACAAGCUUCGGUAUCGAGGUCUGAAGGGGGCGACAAAAUUUCUGGAGACGUGGUUCCCCAUAUCCACAUCCGGAAGCAAAGCUCUUUAACUUCCCUCUCCAUCCAAAAGUUGGGAUAUUUCGAAGGCAAAUUGAUUUCGCUAUGGCUUCUACCAAAUUUGCACCUGUGAGAGACUUCUACCAAGAGCCUACUUCUCAUCAAAUUCCCUCGCAAUCACACUUCAUUGGUGUCAGGGGAUUUAUUGUGCUCCAAUCUUUUCUCUGGAGUUUUCUGACUGUCAUCGCUCCUACAACUGUUACCGGUACGCCCAAUUCCGAUGGCCCUGUAUAUCAAGAGAUUCUCCGAAAAGUAUUUUCCGUACUCUUCUGGAAUGAGUCUCUAAUCUACAGUACAUUCAUUCUCCUAAGUGCCCGCACAAUCUGCACGCCUUUCCUAAAUAACCCCUCCCACGAUUUCGUCGCAUCUUCAUCUUUCCGUCGAGGUCUUCGACUAUGGUUUCCCUCCGCAGUUUCCCUCGCAAUCGUUUACAUCAUUUUCACCUGCAUCGGAACAUCUUACAUCGAUGAUUUCAAAACCGCAACAAACAAUACCACCAUUAAAACACCCUACAUGCUUCCAAAUGCCCUUGCAUACUUCAAUUCCGUCUUCACUCUCUUCUGGACGAACAAGAAAUUCGAUGCCCAAGCCGCGAGCUAUGCGUAUCCUUCGCAAACACUCUGGGUCGUAUCCGUUCUUUUCCAACAAAGCUAUACCGUUUAUAUGACAAUGGUUAUUAUCCCAUAUGUGCGAAAAUCAUGGAGAGUCAAAGCUUUUAUCGGGUUUAUCAUUACGGCGUGGUGGGUUGACAGCUGGGCUUGGUAUUCUAUUACCGGUCUUCUAUUAGCUGAUGUUAGCAUCAAUAUGGAUUUCCAGACGCGCGCCCGUGCCGGAAUAUCUCUGGGUACUUGGAGAGGCAGAAAUUUGAGGCUACCCGUUUGGCCAUUGUACAGUAUUAUUACCUUGGCAGGUGUGAUCAUGAUGUAUUUGUGGGCAGCAUGGAGACCUCAAGACGUGUACAAGGAGGUUAGGAUCCAUACCGGAGAAUAUUCAACUGGUGGGUUGAAUGACGUGGUACUGGAAGCUGGGUCUCCAAUGGCGAGAGACGAUAAUUAUUUAUUCCUGCUUGGAACUUUCCUGUUCUUGGAGACCUGGAGCUGGUUACAAGCAUUGUUCCGCAAUCCAGUUCUGAUGUACUUGGGGAAAAGAUCAUUCAGUAAGUCCUCACAGUCCCCCAUACCGUCCAUCGCGUAUAUACUAACAAUCUCCGUAGGUUGGUUCCUCGUUCAAAACAUCAUUGUCUAUACGGUGGGCAUUAAGCUCUUCGCCCAUCUCACAGAAACAAGAAAUGCAUCCUUUGAGGCAGCAGCCACAGGUUGUUUCUUUGUAUGUUUAGUGACGGUUAUUCCAAGUGCAGAGAUAUUUUAUCGAUUGAUUGAUUUUCCUUCUCAGGCAUUUGCCAGAGUGACAUUUGACUGGAUUAAAAAAUAGAUGGAAGAACGACUCAAUGGUUUAUGUUAUCGCGAAUAUAGAUGAAUAGAGCUACUAUGUCUCAUGUACUCUCAAUAGGAAGAAUUAAUCAAUACUCUACACUACGAUGACCUCUCCAAAUCUCAUCCGU